AUGUUUUCAACUGAGACUCUAAAUGAUAUUAUUGAAGAUUCUACAUCUGAAUUUGGUGAUGAUGCUUAUUUUCAAGAUGAUGAUUUAGGUGAAGAAAUUGAUAUAAAUACAAGCGCUGAUGUAAAUGGUGGAGAUAAUUCUAGUAGGCCAGCAACUACAAAAUCUGCAGAUUCACAAUUACGCACCGAUGUUAAAUCUGUUCGUUUGCAAAAAUCACGUCCCCGUAUAUAUGAUUUUAGUGCUAAUAAUCUUAAACGUGAUUUAACUUUAGAACUUAUUAUUGGUUCACGUAAAUCAAGUAUUAUUGAAAAUGAAUAUACAAAUUUAGCACAAACGACAUCACAAAAUCGUCGACCAUCACAUCAUGUUCGUAUAAAUUCAUUAAAACAACGUUCUAUGACACUUCAAACCGAUAAUGAUGUACAUAAUAAUGAUACAAAAGAUCGAAUAACAAAUUCUCAACUUGGUAAAAACGUUUCAUUAACAUCUGCACUUCAAUUUGAUAAUGAAAAAUGGGAUGAUGGAUUAAAUACUGAGUUUGAUAAAGAAAGUAUUGCAUCAAUAAAUAAAUCAAGUUUACAAGUUUAUGAAGAAACAUGUAAACGAUUAAAUAUUUGUUCAUGUUCAAUGGUUGUACGAUCGUUACAUACAACAAAAAUUAAUUUAGAAAAUUAUGGACUUGGACCAAAAGGAUCACAAGCUUUAGCUGUUGCUCUUAUUCGUAAUACAAAUGUAAUAUCACUGAAUUUAUCAGGAAAUAAUAUUGGCAGUAAUGGUAUGUCUCAUAUCUAUCAAAUUCUGAUGGAAAAUACAUUCAUUGAGGAAUAUGACUUAUCCUAUAACAAUCUUGGUACAAAAGGUAUUCGUAAAUUAGGAGCUGCUGUUGCCUCCAAUACUCAUUUAAAAACUUUAAGCAUCGCUGGUAAUGAAUUAACAGCGAAUGAUAUUAAUAUUUUUCUUUCAAAACUCGAGGCAAAUCUUAAUCUAAGUCAUAAUAAAUUGGAUGAAGAUGGUGGAACAUAUGUUGCUAAAUGGCUACGUGAAAAUAGUGUAUUACUUAAUCUUAAUAUUAGUUGGUGUAGUAUUCGUUUAAAGGGUACUCGUGCUUUAGCUGAAGCAAUCGGCGAGAAUAAUAAAUUAAUUUCGCUUGAUUUAUCAUAUAAUAGUUUUGCAAAUGAUAUAGUAGAAUUAUUAACAAAUUCAUUAUCACGUAAUAUGAUUUUAAAUGUUUUAAAUUUAUCUGGAAAUCAAAUAUUUUGUCGAUAUGAUAUAAAAAUAAAAGAAGGUCCAUCAAUUUUAAUUAUUGGAAAAGAAUCUUUAAUUUAUAAAAUGUUUGUUGCAGCUGCAACAAAUCAAGCAUUAAAAAUAUUUCAAAUAGGAAAAAAUCAUAUUGAUGCACGUUGUAUGAUGAUUAUGUUAGAAGCAUUAUCAAAACUUGAUAAUAUUUCAUUAGAAGAACUUGAUUUAACUGGUUUAACAUUAAAUUUAAAACAAAAUUCUGCUAUUCAUCAAUUUUUCGCUAAUCAUUCAAAAUUUACAUGUUAUGUUGGACCAAUUAGACAGACAAUAGAACACUUUGCAAACAAUCUACUUAAUUUAAUUAAUAAAUAUUGUAAAGAAAAUGAAAUUAAUUUAGAAAAUAUGUUUAAACCAGAUGAAGAAAAUGUUCUGUCGAAUUCAAGUAUAACAUAUGAUGAAUUUCGUGAUGGAUUAAGAAAAGCAAAAAUACCAUUUCCAGUAGCACAAAUUGAAAAUAUUAUUAAUUAUUUGGUUAGCUUUUGUUUUUGA